AUGGAAGUGUCUUACUGCUCUCCUCUCCAGCUCCAGGAGAACUCUCUCCUGUUUGACUGCGAGUCCCUGCUGGACAAGUCCUAUGAUCCUCUGGUCUUCGACCCAGCCUCAGACCCUGGUUACUUCAGUGCUGGUAGCAGCCUGUCCCCCACCUCUUCCGUGGACUCCUUCUGCUUCUCCCCCACCGCCCUCCAGACUGCCGGAAAUGAACAAAAGGCUUUGGACUGUUUCAUCUUCAACAGCCCAGCAGCUCCUUGUUCUACCCACAAGACGCAGACUCUGCCCUGCUCCAGAUCCUCCCCAACAACCUCCACCACAAAGAAAUCCAGGUCCAAGUAUCCGGGUAAGAAGCGCCAGACAGCCAGUGAGAGGGAGAAGCUGAGAAUGAGGGAUCUGACCAAGGCCAUGCAUCACCUCAGGACAUACUUGCCACCCUCAGUGGCACCAACGGGACAGACUCUGACCAAGAUUGAGAUACUGCGCCUCACCAUCCGCUACAUCUCCUACUUGUCAGCACAGCUGGGCAUCAGCGAGGAGGCACUGGAGCAGAGGAGAUCCUCAGGCUUUGUGGAGCAGCCCCAAACCCUAAGCCAGUUCCUGGGUCAGUCAACAGCCAGCUACAGCACACCAGAAUCAGACUGUAACACCGUGAGCACAGCGCAGCUGUCCUCCCUGCAGCCCUCAUACCAGGUUUCUAGUGGACUUUCCAUUACCAGCGGGCAGUACUGGAUUCCACAGCAGCUUCCAAAUGCUGCCUUCUCUGGAUGGUGCUGA